AUGAGGGAUAGAAAAACAGUUCGGUCGCAGCAGAACUCAAUUGGCCCGAGUAAAACAGGAGAUAUAACACUUACAACCACUCUCUCGGCCAAUAUCGACGAACCAAGCGACCACACUCGACCAUCUCACAAACGGCACGUCCGACGUCCACCCAACUUCACAGGCGACCUCAAAACACAAUUUUGGUCGGCAAAUCCUAAGGAUAGGACGGGAGAAAGUGCAUGCAUUUUGAGAUGGACGAGGAGUGUCAAUACGGCCGACGGCGAUGCAUCACAUGGCCGAUAA